AUGGGUCUCCGCCAGCGUCGUCCUGGUGGCGCAGGCAAGGCGCAGCAGGAGACCUCCUGCUUCGCCUUCCUGGGCCUCUGUUGGCCUUGGCACUCAUCCUCCGUGUCCUUGGACGAGCCGGACGCCGAGGAGCUUCCUGAUCUGCCCAGCGCCUGCCGAGAGGUGCAAGGCUGCUUCAGCUGGAGCCUCCUGCGGCGUCGGGGGACGGUGGCUUGGCGACUUACGCCGGUGGCCACAAGGAUCCUGGCGGACAACCUCCGCUCUUCGGGCCCCCGCAAAGCUGUGGAGAACACUCAGCGUCUCCGCCUGGUCUUAGAGAGCCUGGGCCCAGCUUUCAUCAAGCUCGGCCAGGCAGCCGCCUCGAGGGAGGACGUGCUCAGCGAUCGCGUGGCCGCGGAGCUCCGGAAGCUCUGCGACCAGGUCGCCCCCUUCCCGGACGACGAGGCAAGGCGCCUGGUGGCCGCCCAGCUGGGUUGCGGCGUUCGCCUGCCGCUUGGGCGCUGCGUGGCUGCUGCCAGCCUCGGCCAGGUCUACCGCAUUGAGAAGGACGGCCGCCACUACGCGCUGAAGGUGCAGCGGCCGGGCCUGAAUCGAGCUCUGGCCAUGGAUGUCGUGAUCCUGAAGGGCAUCGCACGCUUCCUACGGCGCGUCAUGCGCUGCUUCAUGGCCGCUGCCGUGGACCCCGAGCAGGUAGUUGACGAGUGGGCCAAGACUCUUUGGGACGAGUUAGACUACAAGCACGAGGGCAGAGCAAUGGAGCAGAUGCGUGCCGCACUCUGCGGAACCGUGGGCGGAUUGGUGAUCCCCCGCGUGCACUGGGAGCUCACGGCUCUCCGUGUGCUUGCGAGCGAGUGGGUGGACGGCUACAAGAUCACGGAGAACCCCCGACGCGUGACGCAGCGUCACAUCUCCAUCGGCGUGGAGGCAGUGGCCGCUAUGAUCCUGGAGGUAGGCGUGGUCCACGCAGACCCACACCCGGGCAACAUCAUCCUUACGCCGGAGGACGACGUUUGCCUGCUCGACUUUGGUAUGGUCUGCCUGGUGCCCCCAAACCACCGAAAGGUGUGGGCCAAGUGUGUGGUGGACCUGGUCCGUCGAGACCACGGAGCUGUGCUGGAUGACCUGAUUGAAAUCGGCUUCUUCCCCCGCGAGUGCCCGCGGGAGGACAUGCUGCCGGUCCUGUCCAAGAUUUGGGAUCAGCUUGUCGAGUGCGGCAGCGACAUCAACAAACGGAAGAGCGCCGUGCAGCUGCUGUACUCAGAGAUUCUCACGCUGGUCCGGCGCUUCGAGUUCUCACUCCCGGACUACUACGUGGCCCUGGUGAGAGCGCUGCUGACCCUGGAGGGCAUGGCCCUGGCUGCGGACUGCGACUUCGACAUCUUCGAGGCAGCGUUUCCCGCCUGCGUGCGGUAUCUCACUCGCAGCCGCGGCCCGCAGGUGGACGUCUUCAGCUCCUCUGUGCUCAGCGUCCUUCAGAACAAGACCCUUGCAAAGCUUGCCUUGCGCUCGGCUGGGUGCUUGCAGAUGGACCGCCGGAAGGUCUCGUCUCUGAUUACAAUCCGCACCCUCGACUUGGUCAACUUAUGCCUUGAGGGCCUGUACAGCCAUGCGGUCAUCCUGGUGGCAGGCCGGGACAGGGUGCAGGCUGCCUGGGGGACGACGUUUGAGGCUGAGCAGGGGCUGACGUACCACGUCUUGCCGACCCUCGUACUGCCUCUUCUGGCCGUGUCGGAAGAUGCGUCGCAGCAGAUCACCCAGCUGCCCUGGAGCCCAGAGCCACCAAGGUACCGGGUUCCGGUGGCGAGCAAGAUGACACCAGAGACGGUGUCCCUCUACAAAGAAUUUGCGGCCGUCGACGUCGACGUGGGCGACACGUUUCUGCAGAGGCUGACGUCGCCGACCGAAGGCAACACCAAGUGGACCGUCGUAGAGAUCUACGACUACACCUGUCCACAUUGCUGGUACGCUGUUCCAGUCUACACGCACGUAGCGGAAGCGUACGCACACAGCCCGAACAUCCAGUUCACCUCCAUCAACUGCCACAUGAGCUACAACAUGGAGGUUUGCUUCCUGCUCGAGACCAUUGGGCGGGUAAAGGAUUUUCCAACAUUUUUGGCUUGCCCGCCCCAUGGCACGGUAGACACAGAGGUCGAGCUGAAGCAUAGCCACGCGGCGCAGGUCAUGGCGAAGCGACUGCCGCCGAACCAUCCGACGCGAUUGGCACUGCUGAAGUUGGCGCACUGCCGCCACAAGUUCAUAGAGGAGGACGCCAAGGUAGGACUGGAGGAUCCGUUCCUCUCGGCGACACAGCUCGCAGAUUGGAUCCACAGUACGACGGGUCACCAGGCACCCGUGCCGGCGGACCUCAAGAUCGGAGCCAACUUUCACGGCACCGGGCCCGUGUCGGCCAUAGCUCCCCCUGGGCGCCCGGGCUGGCUAAGGGACGACGAGGACGGGCGACCUGGCGUGUCCCGGUACUUUCCAGGCGAGCGCUGGUACGACGCUUUGAUGGGCUUCGUGGCCUUCAUCUACCAGGGCUACCAGCCGGCGAAGCUGCAGCCGACCCUGGAGGAAACGGUGCGCGGGAACUGGAAGAUCGUGUACACACGGCGAAGGGAUCCGAAUGGCUUCCACUACGUGACCGAGGUUCUGCACGAGCCUACAGGCAAAGUUGUGAAGAAGCUGGAGGGAAGUGACAUCGUGACAAAGUUCGGCGAGCACGUAAAUGACAUCAAGACCGGUGAGGCAAAGCUAUAUCCACUCAAAGAGCCGCGCUGA